CAUCACUUCCUCCGCGUCCUGCCGUUUCUCAAGCGCUGUGUUGGCUGAGCUUCAAUGCAGUCAGACCAUGAUUCCCAUUCGAGAGAGAGAGAGAGCAUGAAGACCCUGGCAUUGAUCAGAGGACCCAGAUUCUCGUGUGCGGGAUUAAAUGCGUGAUUUCCACCCCUUGCGAGGACGUUUUUUCCAUCCUUUUGAGAAGCGCUGAAUAUUCGCUGUGUUUUCUGGAGGUUUUGCUUGUUGGCGUCAGUUUCCGCAUAUUUAAUUCCUUCGGACGGUUUUUAUCCCUGUUCUCACGGAUUUAAGGGUUUUCCACCUUUUUCAUGCCGAUCUGAAGGCGACUCGUUCUGACUGGAAUUAAAUCAGGAUUGAGUUGUGUUUCUGAGACAUGGCCGGCUCCGUCUCCGUCGACUCGAGGGCUGAAGCAGCCCAACACCAGCAGCAGAAGGAGCUGGUCUGAGGACGAACAGAUCUGCAGUCACACAUUUGUGAGGAUUACUCCUCUGACAUGCUUCGUGUGAGAAUGAUCCUUCGGGUCAUCUCUGUGGUUUGGGGAUUGUCGCUCGUCGUUUGUCAGCAAGCACAGUUCACCACCGUCAGCACAAACUACGGGAAGCUGCGUGGCUUGCGUGUGGCUCUGGCCAGUGAGAUCCUGGGCCCCGUGGAGCAGUAUCUGGGCGUCCCGUAUGCGAUGGCCCCGACUGGAGAGCGGCGGUUUCAGGCCCCGGAGCCGCCGGCGUCGUGGCCCGGCAUCAGGAACGCCACACAGUUCGCUCCGGUGUGUCCGCAGUAUCUGGAGGACCGGCUGCUGCUCACAGACAUGUUACCGGUGUGGUUUACCGCAAACCUGGACACGGUCGCGACGUACGUACACGAGCAGAGCGAAGACUGUCUGUUCCUCAACAUCUACGUGCCCACGGAGGAAGAAGCACAUGAAGACACGGGCUUGAAGCCGGUCAUGGUUUACAUUCACGGCGGCUCAUACGUGGAGGGAACGGGGAACAUGAUGGACGGCAGCGUCCUGGCCAGCUACGGUCACGUGAUCGUCGUGACCGUAAACUACCGGCUCGGGGUGCUGGGUUUCCUCAGCACUGGUGAUCAAGCAGCCAAAGGGAACUACGGUCUGCUGGAUCAGAUCCAGGCUCUGCGCUGGGUGAAGGAGAACAUUCAGGCUUUCAAUGGCGAUCCGGAGCGAGUGACCAUCUUCGGCUCUGGAGCAGGAGCCUCCUGCGUCAGUCUGCUGACCCUCUCACACUACUCUGAAGAUCUGUUUCAGAAAGCUAUCAUCCAGAGUGGGACGGCUCUCUCCAGCUGGGCCGUCAACUACCAGCCGGCCAAGUACACACGCAUGCUGGCCGAGAAGGUGGGCUGCAACGAAGACGACACUGUCGAGCUGAUCGAGUGCCUCCAAAACAAAAACUACAAGGAGCUGAUUGAGCAGAACAUCACCCCCUCUAAAUACCAUAUCGCCUUCGGACCCGUGAUCGAUGGAGAUGUCAUUCCGGAUGACCCACAGAUCCUCAUGGAACAGGGAGAGUUCCUCAACUAUGAUAUAAUGCUAGGAGUAAACCAGGGUGAAGGCUACAAGUUCGUAGACGGGAUCUUAGACAGCGAGGAUAGAAUAACAAGCAAUGACUUUGAGUUUGCCAUAUCAGAAUUUGUCGACCAUUUGUACGGCUAUCCAGAAGGAAAGGACACCCUGCGGGAAACCAUAAAGUUCAUGUACACAGACUGGGCCGAUAGGGAAAACCCAGAAAUGCGACGAAAAACACUGGUUGCACUUUUCACAGAUCACCAGUGGGUGGCGCCGGCCAUUGCGACGGCAGACCUGCAUGCGCAGUACGGAUCGCCAACAUACUUUUACGCCUUUUAUCACCACUGCCAGAGUGACAUGAAGCCUGCCUGGGCUGAUUCGGCGCACGGAGACGAACUUCCAUACGUUUUCGGCAUCCCCAUGAUCGGCCCCACGGAUCUCUUCAACUGCAACUUCUCCAAGAAUGACAUCAUGUUGAGUGCCGUGGUCAUGACAUACUGGACGAACUUCGCCAAAACUGGAGACCCGAAUCAACCGGUUCCUCAAGACACAAAGUUCAUCCACACUAAACCAAACCGCUUUGAGGAGGUGGCCUGGUCCAAAUACAACCCUAAAGACCAGCUGUACCUGCACAUCGGCCUGAAGCCUCGCGUCCGGGACCACUACAGAGCCACCAAGAUCGCCUUCUGGCUGGAGUUAGUACCACAUUUACACAGCAUCAACGAACUCUUCCAGUACGUUUCAUCAACGACCAAAAUACCACCACAGGACACGACACCAUUCUCCUACACCAAACGCCUGUCCAACAAACUCUUGCCAUCGACCACCCGCCAUCCGCCCGCUCCUCCGGCCAACACCAAACAGAUGUCGGAUCAGCAGAAGACAUCUGAGCAUAGCGAUGGAACGGUUAUCAUUGAAGUGCGAGAUUAUUCAACCGAGCUGAGCGUGACGAUCGCAGUCGGUGCGUCUCUGCUCUUCUUAAAUAUCCUUGCGUUCGCAGCACUCUACUACAAGAAAGACAAACACCGGUUAGAGUUGAGUCGCAGGCACAGUCCACCAAGAAAUCUCACAAACGAUAUUCCCCGUGUGCCAAGCGAGGAGUUUAUGCCUCUUCAGAUGAAGCAGCUCAGCCAUGAUCACGAUUGUGAUUCCCUGCAAGGCCACGAUAUGAUUCAGCUGACCUGUCCUCCGGAUUACACGCUAGCAUUGCGCCGUUCACCUGACGACAUGCCACUGAUGACACCAAACACCAUCACUAUGAUUCCUCGCUCUUUUGCUGACUUGCCGCCAUCGUAUCACAACCCUUUCAAUGCAUUCGGGAACAGCACUCCGAGCAGCAUGGGCCUCCCACAUGGACACUCUACAACACGAGUAUAACUCGCCACAAGUUGACGGACGAUUUAGAUGUGCACACAGGUGCUCAAACACAAAAAACUGAGUGUAGGGCUACAUUAUCCAUCUAAAUUAAAUUGCAAGGGCGAUUAAUUGCGAUUAGACUGAAGUUGUGAUUGUCAUGUGUAUCUUUCAGGGAAGCACGGUUCUGCUAUCAGCAGUAAAUCUCCAUCCGAAGGCCAGAGAACCUCCAAAUGUGCCCCGUAGAAAAACCUAAAGCAGUUGCUGAAUAAACAGAAGAUAUAUCUGCUUUCAAUAAUUCAGUGUGACUAAUACACUCAACUGACGUUACGAAGUGAGUUUGGAGUAAAAACAUUAUUAAAUGUGGCAUUUUCAGUGCUUUUAGAUAGAACAGCAUUUACUAUACAGAGUAUAGUUCACUUACAAGCUACGCGAACAGUUUUCAUAAUAUUAGAAUGAUUUCAUAAUCACGUGAUUAAAUUGUGAUUAUAAACGCGAUAUUGCCUAAUUUGUCAGUGAACUAUGGCUUUAUGUAGUAAAUGCUGCACAGAGCAUUUACAUUCAUCUAAAAGCAUGUGAUGAUGAUUUGCUACUAAUCACAGAACCGGCUUUACUGACAAGAUGUGCAUGACAAUCACAUUUGAUUAAUCGUACAGCCCUAACUGAGGGUGUUAUUUUGUUAAAGACUCUUUUAUAAAUAAAUUCCGUUUCACUUAUUAACCUGUUUAAUUUGAUCAGUGAAUGUAAUCAUUUCGCAUUCAUGGUACAGCUACUGGAGCUUUCAAAAAACAUGAUUGCCUAAAUGAAUUAUUAUUUGCAUCCUGAUUUCCUGGUUAAUGUGAGAGACCAUAAAUCGCUAAACACUUGCAUUGCAGCACAAAUACCUGGUAAACAGUUUUGCUGUAGCUAUAUAUCCAUAAUUAUGUUGGGUGUAGAAAGCCUGGUCAUUUAGAUCGAAAUGGUUUUAAUAGUUUGAAGUUUAACGAUUUUAAGACUGAAGUUUAAAAACGUGGAAUUUGAUGGUUUUAAGGCCAUGCUGUCAUAGAUAGAUAGAUAGAUAGAUAGAUAGAUAGAUAAUUUCUAUGCAGUUGUUAGGGUUUUCCUAGGAUGUUUUAGGUUGCUGUGAGUUGCAACGCAGUCAAAAUUAACAUCACUAAUUGAAACUUAUACUGCCAUUUUCGACUAUUUUUUGUUGCUAGGCUAUUCUAGGUGGAUCCUAGAGUGUUGCUAUGUAGUUGCAAGGAUGUUCCUAGGCAGUCGAAAGUAACAUUCACAUUUAUGCAUUUAGCAGACGCUUUUAUCCAAAACGACUUGCAGUGCAUUCAGGCUUUUAUUAUGUUUUUUAACCAGUAUGUGUGUUCCCUGGGAAUUGAACCCACAACCUUUUUCACUGCUAUCACAAUUAUCCACCGCUGAGCCACAGGAACAGUUAUGUAAAAUUUUCUUGGCCAUUUUUACUAUUAUUAUUUUCUGUUAGGGGCUUGCUAGAGUGCUGCUGUGUAAUUGCUACUGAUUUGUUUGGCAGUUGCUAGAAUAUUCUAGGUUGUUGCUAUGCUUUUUUGUCUGCUAGGAAAUUGUUUAGAUUUUUUCGGUGGUGAAUAGAGUGCUAUGCAGUUGCUAGCAUGUUCUAUGCUACAAUGUAGUAGCUAGGGCAUUGCUACGGUUUUGCAUGCCAUUUUCUAGGAUGUUCUAAGUUGUUGCUAUGUAAAUGCUAUAGCGUUGCUAGGGUUUGCUAGGCAGUGGCAAGUCGGUCUAUCUAUCUAUCUAUCUAUCUAUCUAUCUAUCUAUCUAUCUAUCUAUCUAUCUAUCUAUCUAUCAUCUAUCUAUCUAUCUAUCUAUCUAUCUAUCUAUCUAUCUAUCUAUCUAUCUAUCUAUCUAUCUAUCUAUCUAUCUCAUGUACAGCAGUGAUUAACGGCAGUUCAUUGUGUCUGUUUCGCAGCCAUAACCAGCAGUAGCACUGAUCACUGUUGCUGAUUUAAGAGGGUUUCUGAAAACAUUUCAUCUCUGUGCAAAAUCAAACUUUAAUUAACCAUAUUCCCGGUGUCUUUCUUAGUGUAAAUAAAAACAUUUUUGAAUACUUUGUAAUCUCAAGAUUUCUUGAAAAAAAAAAAAAAAACUUGUGCCACAGAAGCAUCACAAUUUCUUAGGUUUUAAACCCAGUGUGAAACUCUUGUGCCAUCUGAGAGGAUCUUAAAGGUGCUGGAAGAUACUUCAGCCGUUCUGUGCAUUUCUUCGAAUCUCUAAACCCUGCCCUGCAAAGAUAUGGUUGAUAGAGAGUGUUUCUGAUUAGACAAACUCUUUUUUAAUGUUUUUUUGCAGUCUAGUUCUGUGAUUUCCCAUAGCACAUGUUUCACUGAUAUCUAUCAGGUUGUAGUGAGAUUUUAUACAGUAUGUAUUCUUCUGUUAAACUAUUGCUUGCAGCACCUUUAAGAGCAAUGUGGUAUCAGUGUGGCAACGGCCUUUAUCUGACAGUAAACUUACUCUCAGCCUGAAUAGCUUCAUUUUAGUGUAUAUAGCAUAUAUAAUAAAUUAUUUAAAAAAAUCAUCUACAGCUUGUAUUAUGAAACUUUUUUUUUUUUCAUUUGAUCGUAUACUGUUCUGAAUGUACUUUUGCCAUCUUCAACCCAUAGACAAUAAAAGAAAUGGACACAGCGACCCCAUUGGAACUCAAUUGAGACAAGUAAAGCCCAUUUUUAGCAUUUUUUAGCACUUCCGUUUCUGACGCGCAGACUCAAACGAAGCUUGACGACGUCAGCAACCUGUCUGACAGAUGUAAAUCUUCUAGUAGCUGUGCGUGCAAACUGCCAUCGUUAAUCUUGCAGAGACGGCGAGCUUGAGCGGGGAGUUCUUUGGCGUGAGUGAGCAGGAGUAAGUAUUCUGAUUAAUUAUUUUGUAUAGUAUUUUAAAAUGUAACGCAAGUACGCCAUAUUAAGUUAAUUCCCUGCUAGCUUCUCCAUUACCUAGAAGGUAAUGGAGCCCUUUAUACAUUGUCGUUUAUCUUUAGAAAUAAAUAAUGGACAAACGGAGUCUUUAAAUGCCUCAGAUGUAAAGUUAUUCGCUGUCAAAGUGACGCCAAAAUGAAUGGGAGUCAAUAGGAAUGCUAAUGCAAGUGAAGUUCUGCUAAAAGAUGGCGGCACCCGGCCAACUUCAACUUCCGGUCGAGUUCCUUGCCGCCUGCUUCAACCCUCCAUGUUUGACCAUUAAUAAUAAUAUUUAUGUGACAGUGGAUUAUCUAGUUCUCAUUUCAGUCAGUCAUUGUGUGACAUGAAACAAAUUUGAUAAAACCUUAAAUAUUAAAUCCAUAUGUAUUUUUCUUCUGCUUUAAAUCUUAUUAAACUAGCAAAAGUAACGGUUUUCUGAACACACUCUCCCAUUGGUCAGUCAAAUAGAUAGCCCCGCCUCCAAAAUCAUAUAAUUGGCUGAGUCAGAAGUUGACAUGGCAGGCCACCUAUAAAUUAAAUGCAUUGGUAUAAUAUGGCUUUGUUGGUUUCCAGAAAUAUGAGAUGAGCUGAAAGUUUAACUUCCUGUGAUUGCAAUCUGUAAACAGGAAGUUUGCAUACUAUUUCUUAUUUCUUUAUAAUAAUGUUUCUGUAACUAUAGCUCAGUUCCUGUAAGUACGGUCCAUUUGCUAAAUGAUUUAUAAAUCCUGAUAAAUAUAUUUGAAUAUAUAUUUUUUUCCAUUGAUUAUUUUUCUCUGUUUAUUUUUAAGCAUUAAAUGAUGUACUCAGACAUUAUUUGUUACUUUUCCUGUAACAGAAGCCUCACAGUGGAUCCCCAGCACUGUAAUAAUUAAUUAUGAUUUUUUUCUCACUAUAUAUUAAUCAGUCGUCUGCCUAACAGGGUACUGAAGGACAUGUACAUGUUUCAGUCUCGCUCUGAAUCAUGUUGCUUCUUUAAAACUUUCCUCAUACUUUAUGCUGUAUGAAUAUCAUUUGGUUUUGCCUCAUUGAAAGGCUUGUUGAUGGAUACUGUAUAUGUAAGAGAUUUUUUGCUGCUUUUUCUAAAAUCAAAUAAACUUAGAUUUUACUCA